AUGUCAGUGAGAGCAAGCAAUGCUCUGAGAGGCCCCCGAGCACUCUUCAGACCGCCGAGUUAUGCGCGUUGCGGGAACACGAUAAAAGAAGAGCCGGAGCAGAUGCAGAUGCAGAAGCCAAAGGGAAAGCGAACCACAAGGCCCUGGCCAAGUGCUCUGCUAGUACCAGGAGCCAGAUCAGCACGUCCGAUUCCUGCAGACCCAAGUGCCAAGUAUACCAUUAUAAAAAUCCCGAAUACCUCCACAGCGUUUUCAAGCUGGCCGGCGCUCAACAAGUUCAAGCCGGCGCUGCAACCACGAGCAAGUGGAACUAUACCUCCUGGCGCAAAGUUUGGCGUUCAGGCAACAGUCGACACCGAUAUGGAGAUGGCGAUUCUUCCUUAUCUCUAUAACGAUCUCGGUGUGCUGAUCUUUGAAGGCCCGCAGUGGGAGCAGGUUAGGAUUAUGGCAAAUAUCCUUCAGAGCGUCGAAUGUGAAGAGUGUAGACUGCCGAAAAGAGAUUGGACCACGGGCAACGCAUCAUUCGAAGUGAAAUAUGACAAGUGGAACGUGUAUCGUAUAAAGUUAAAUGCAAGAAAACACACUAAGAUCACUUUUCAGAAGAAUCGCGGAAAGAAAUGCAGCAUAAAACCCAAUGACUGUAUGACCUUACCAAUAUUGCACUUAAGAAAUGGAAAGCGGAUGGGAUAG